AUGUCUGAAGGAACCUGGGAGAAGUUUUCCCAGGUCGCUGUGAAGGGUGCUGAACAUGACUCUCGUGAACGUCGGCCCCAUCCGAAAUGUUUGGAAGGGACCCGAGUGGUCCUUCUUAACCAUAUUUAUGGAUUAUCCGAUACCAAAGAGAUGAAUAGACUCAUCUGGUUGCAUGGAACAGCCGGCGUUGGGAAGUCUGCUGUAGCGUUCACUGUAGCUGAAAGAAUGAGAGGUCUGAAAAUGACCGAGGAGACGAAAAUAGAAACGCGGCUUGGUGGAACAUUCUUUUUCUCGCGCAAGCACACGAAACGCCGCACGACUGGUUAUUUCUUUAUGACGUUUGCCUACCAGCUUGCUCAAAAAUUUCCCAGCGUUCAGACAGACGUGAACAGAGCUAUCCUUAAGGACCCCACCCUUCUAGACCCCGACAAGUCACUUCGCAAGCAGAUGGAGGGGUUGUUUCUGCAACCUCUGCGGAAGCUUCAAUACAGACUACGCGAGUGUCCGCCUUUGACGUUCGUUGUUGACGCCCUUGAUGAAUGCACACACGAAUCCCCCAAUGAAUACUCAUCCGAAUCCAGGGAUGAAGGCGAAUCCGAAAGCGAGCUUAUCGAACUCAUUUCCCUACUCGCCCAAGUUCUUCGCGAUCCUGAUCUGCCUUCGAUCCAUAUUCUAGUCACGAGUCGCUUGGAAGCGCAUAUUUGUGAAGCCAUGCAGAAUGAAGAUGUGCGACCGUUGCUGUGCGAGAUACCAGUGAAGAUUUCUGGGGAGGAUGUUACUCCUAUCAUCUCGCUAGAUGGCGCAGAUGUUGAUGAAGAUAUCUAUCGUUUCUUGGAGCAUUCAUUCAGAAAGCUGCAAAAUCGCUCUCCCACCUUCCCGCAACCAACGCAGGAUCAAAUUGAGAAGCUGGCGAUCCGAGCGGGCAGACGGUUCAUUGUGGCGUCUACGAUGAUGAAGUUUAUUGAUGAUCCAUACAACGAUCCCCGUGACCGGCUUCACCUCAUGCUUGAGCUAACAAGUGAACUGCUACCAGGAACGGAGGUAUACGAGUUACAUGACCGCAUCCUCUCCACAUGCGCUGAUCCGAAGCUGGCAUACCUGCACUUGUCCGUUGUUGCUGCCCUCACAGAUCCUCUACCGAUCUCACAAAUCUCGGAACUUCUGGGCCCUGGUCAGGGCAGGGAUGUCGAGAAAGUGUUGGUGCAACUGCGCUCUGUCAUAGAUGUUCCUCCCAACCGCAGUCUCCCUGUGAAUAUCUAUCACUCGUCUGUUCGUGACUAUGUUUCCCAUCGCUCAAACUGCAGUCUCUAUAUCACUUCACCUCACUCCCUACUCGCAUAUUCUUCUCUCCGCUUGAUGGUGCAAGAACUCCCAGGCCGCUCAGCCCUGUUGGAUGCGCUGUUAGCAUUGAAGAAGCAGAGUCAAGUUAUGGAACCCCACGACCCCAAGAAUCUAACACACUCAUUAUCUUUCGUCGUCCAACCGCCGGAACCAAUGCAAGUGCUUAUAACUCUCCUCUGGCUUCGGGCAAAUCACAGUUCAGAGUUACAAUUCUGGCUAGGCACUCAGGACGGGUGUGCCUGGCUGGAAAGUCUGGACGGGCGUGCCUGGCUGCAGACUCAAGAAGGGAAGGAGUGGCUGCAAUCCCAAAUGGCGCAAAGCUGGUUGAAUAUCUCGAACCAGCUGCAGACCCAGCGCGGGAAAAACUUAGUUUCCCUUAUCCAAAUUAUCAUGACAAGAAUACAGUCAUUAGUUUUACAGCACCCGCUGCGGACCCAGCACGAAGAAAUCUCACCACGGAGUCAGUCUCAGCGGUUCACGCUGCAGACCCAGCACGAAGAAAUCUCACCACGGAGUCAGUCUCAGCGGUUCCCGCUGCCAACCCAACGCAUGGAAAUCUCACCGCCAACUUGGGACCCAGGGGGGAAAGACUGGCUGCAGACUCAGGGGGGGAAAGACUGGCUGCAGACUCAGGGAGGGAGGCACUGGGUGCAGACCCAUGGCGUACCGGACUGGCUUCAGACCAAGGGCGGGCGACAAUGGCUGCAAACACUCGGUGGCCAAGACUGGCUGCAGACCCUCGGCGGCCGAAUCUGGCUGCAAAAAACGCACGGGAAAGGCUGGCUGCAGACCCACGAUGGACAAGACUGGCUGCUUACUCGGGGCGGGAACAACUGGCUGCAGACUCCGAGUGCCCGGGACUGGCUGCAAAGCCCAGACGGACGAGACUGGUUGCAGACCCCACAAGGUCAUAUGUGGCGGUUAACGACUGCCUGGGUAGCAAUGGAGGAAUUUUCGAACACAUUGAAAGCGAUCAAACAGUACAUCAUUAUCCCGGAAUUGUCUUCACAACCAGCUUUUCAGGUCAUUCAGCAGUUCAAGAGCUUGCCGGAUUUCUUAAUGUUUCCUGUGUUCUUAGCGUUAAGGCACCAAGAUCAUUCCACCACCUCUGCAUUCACACAAGGUCACCUCCCAGCAGCCAUGGAGAUCCUCCAUGCAAUGAAGGCCUUCUCUAGUUUCGCGAACAAAGCACACGAACGAAGUCAAUCAUCUUCCAACGUCCUCAAUUACGCAUGUCAGAACUGGGCCGUCCAUAUCUCGCGAGCUCCGAAGCCAUGGAACGAGAAACUUGCCCAUAUAUUUAAGUCUUUCUGGGAUCGUCAUCUCCUCGACUGGCUCGAGAGGCAGUGGUGUGUGAAGGAUCUGCAGUCUUGCCUAACCAUUUUAGCUGAAGGCGAGAAGAUCGCAAAGUAUCGUACUAAAGCCGACCUACGCAUACAGGAACAUCUUCUCCACACCCCGGACCAUCUCAAUAACCAGUCCGAAGCUGUCGGGGUUUCCGAAGGCGAGAAACCUGCAAAGGAACAUCUUCUCCAAACCCCGGAUCGUCUCAAUAACCAGUCCGAAGCUGUCGAGGUUUCCGAAGGUGAGAAACCUGCAAAGGAAUGUCUUCUCAAAACCCCAGGUCAUUGUUGGAGUCCGAGGCCGAAAGAUCCGAGUCGAGGGAAGCCGAAGGAUCCGAGAUAG